CAGAGGUCCGAGAUAGCUCACCUGCUGCGAGCAGAUCGCUUGAGAACGGCGACAUGGGUGGUGUAUUUUAUACUGCCAUUGCCACCCCCCAGCUACUGGACGGAGUCGUCGAUCAACAGACAGCGUAGAAAAGGACGCCAGCCAGCCAGCCAGGCCAGGAGCCUGUCAGCCUCGUGUUCCCCCUCUCGUUCCUUCUGCCUGCCUGCCAUAGCACGGCCGGCGGCUCCACACCCCUGGCCUUGUGCUUCGUGCGUGCCUCCCUCCCUAUAAGUACACGCCACACCGUCUCGGGGACACUUGCAGAGCCAUCACUAGUGACCUGCAAAGACAUCACACGCGAGGCGCGCCAACUGCAGCAGCUGGUUGGUCUGAAUUAGGAAAUUAGGAUGGCGAUGGAGAAGAAGAGCAGCUGGAAGGCCACCAGAGACGUUGCUGCUGGUGCUUUCAGCAUGGACUGCUUGGAGUUGGUGGGCGAGGAGGACGACGACGACGCGGUGCCGGCGAUACCGCCACCGCAGACGCCGAUGGAGCCCAUGGAGUACCUCUCCCGGUCGUGGAGCGUGUCGGCGUCGGAGAUCUCCAAGAUCCUCGUCGGUGGAGGUGGCAAGAAGAGCAGCGCUGCUGUUGCCGCGGCGAGCCGGCUUCCGCCGGAGGUGACUAUACCGGAGCUGUCUGUGCUCGCCACCACGUCCUCCUCCAUCGUGCCUCUCCCGUGUCAUCAUCAGCAGCAUAGGGAUGCAAGAAGAUCUUCCAUGAGCAGCGGCCACUACCACCACCACCACCAAUCGAUCGGCAAAUGGUUCCAGGUUCACCACAGGGAGACAUGCCGGGCGAAGCAGAGCGGCAAGGAGAAGCAGCGCGCCGACAAGGCCCACGUGCACGCCAUGGUGUCCGUGGCCCGAGUCGCGGCCGCGGUCGCCGCCGUCGCGGCGUCCACGGCCACGAGCUCUGACAGUACCCAGGCGGCUACCAAGAUGGCCACGGCCAUGGCGUCGGCCACCGAGCUGUUGGCCUCCCACUGCGUCGAGGCAGCUCAGCUUGCGGGGGCGCGCCACGAUCAGGUGGCUGCCGCCGUUCAGGCCGCGGUUGGCGUCAGAAGCCCCGGUGAUCUGAUGACGCUCACGGCGGCCGCAGCAACCUCUUUGCGAGGAGCAGCGACACUGAAGCAGAGAGUGCAGCGAGAGACGAGGAGCAAUGCGAGUGUUCUCCCGUAUGAGAAGGCGAAUUCGUGGAGCCCGGACAUCUGGUGCAAAGAGGGGGAGCUGCUAAAACGCACAAGAAAAGGGGGUUUGCACAAAAUAAGAGUAUCUAUCUACAUCAACAAGAGGUCACAGGUGAUACUGAAGCUGAAAAGCAAACACAUAGGAGGUGCCCUGUCAAAGAACAACAAGAGCGUGGUUUACGGUGUAUACAGCGAGCUGCCAACCUGGGCUGAGCCAGGGAAGGACUCCACGGAGGAGACAUGCUGCUUCGGCCUUAGCACGGCGCAAGGUCUAGUGGAGUUCGAGUGUGAGGGCAACGCGAGCAAGCAGAAGUGGGUUGACGAUGUGCAGAACCUGCUUCGUCAGGCGGCUCUGCAUGAUCAAGUAGGGAACAAACUGGGAUUAGUAAAACUCAGCUAGUGCAGCCUCAGUAUAUCCACUUUCAUGGUAGCAGAUUGCUGUGUCCUGGAUCAGCGAUGUGAGGGGUACAUAACAUAUUGCUCGUGCUCUUAUCACUGACUUACAUGCUAUACGGCUAUACUACAUAAGGAAUAUAUAUUGUAUGUUUUGUAAAGGACCGGUGCAGACAAUAAAAAUCGUCGGAAGGAUGCUGAUCGCUGGUUUUUGGGAAAAA